AUGGCCUUCAUGACUGCUGACUGCUCUCGUCUUGUCUGUGACUCUUAUGGCCCUGUUUUGUAUGUUUGCGGAGCUGCGUUCUGCUACGCAUUCCGUUGGUAUUCUACCAUUAAUACUUGUCUACUUAACGGUAAAUUACAGACAUUAAACGCACGCACACACGCACACUGA